UCCCGACGACAGCAAUCCCAAGUCCGCCAACACGGCGCCCUCUCGCAAACGCUUCAAACCCAACCCAGGCUCCUUCCGCGCCCAAACCGACCUCAAACUGGGUCCCAAAUCCUUCAAAAAAGCUCACCCGACCAACCACAUCAAGUCCAACAUCCGGUCCCUCAAACGCCUUCUCGAGAACCGCGAAUCCCUACCCGCCAACGUCCGCGUGGAGAAAGAACGCGCGUUGCAGACUGCCGAACAAGAAUUGAAAGAUGCGGAGAAAGCGAAGAAGAGGAGCGAGAUGAUUGGGCGGUAUCACAAAGCGAGGUUUUUCGAUCGGCAAAAGGCGGACAGG